AUGAUCAACUCCGGCUCACAGUAUUCUAAAGUCGUCUUCGAUGCAAUCAAUAGUGGUCAACAAGAAUCUAAUACACACAUUGUAAAUGAAUUCGACAAACACAAUCACACUUUUAUUAUAACAGAGACUCAAUCCCCACUUGAAACACCCAGACCACCUGGAAGGUUUAGAGUAAUGUUACAAUCCCAAAAGUGUGAUUGUGGUGAAUUUCAGGCUAAACAUUUACCGUGUUCUCACGUCAUGGCUGCCUGUAAAUCUGUCAAUGUUGAUCCCAUGACCUAUGUGUCGAUGAUAUUCACUUUACAACAUAUUUUGUACAUCUACGACAACUCCUUUGGUUUAUUGCCACACAAAUCAAUGUGGCAAGAAUAUGAAGGAGAUCAGUGGGGUCCUGAUCCAAGGAGAAAGAGGACUGCAAAGGGUUGUCCCGUUUCAACUUGUAUUCCUACUGAGAUGGACGAAGACGAAAAUGAACGAGCAAGUAGAAAAAAAUAUGAACUUUGCCGGCAACAUGGUCAUAGCAGAAAUAAUUGUCCUAAUGUAUCCUCAUCUUAG